UGGAGAUCACAGCGGUGUCGCUGAGUGGAACUCUCCCUUUCUCUCUGCCUCCCCUCGAGGCCCAGGACAACGCCUUUGAAGGUGAACCAGGAAUCACUGAUCAAUCUGAAGCCUCCACGAGUUAUGAUUCUUCACCCCUGGCAGAGCGAAGUGGAUGUCAAGCGAAAGGCCCACCCUCUGUGCUCGCUGGAGUUCAAAGAUUCCAGCUGUGUGGAGAACUUGGGAGCGCUAACCGAAGAUGUUUGUCUUGCUCUAUGUCACAAGUUUUGCCAUCUGUGCAAGUGGACAGCCUCGGGGUAACCAGUUCAAAGGCGAGAACUACUCCCCAAGAUACAUCUGCAGCAUCCCCGGCUUACCUGGACCGCCAGGCCCCACAGGAGCAAAUGGUUCCCCCGGGCACCACGGUCGGAUUGGCCUUCCCGGAAGGGAUGGGAGAGAUGGCAGGAAAGGGGAGAAGGGCGAAAAGGGGGCUCCAGGUUUGAAAGGAAAGACUGGACCCCUAGGCCUUGCUGGAGAGAAAGGGGACCAAGGAGAGACUGGGAAGAAAGGACCGCUGGGGCCAGAGGGAGAGAAAGGAGAAGUGGGUCCCGUUGGGUCUCCUGGACCAAAGGGAGACAGAGGUGACCAGGGGGACCCAGGGCCACCUGGAGUCUGCAGGUGUGGAAGCAUCGUGCUCAAAUCUGCCUUUUCUGUUGGCAUCACAACCAGUUACCCGGAAGAAAGACUACCGAUUGUAUUUAACAAGGUUCUCUUCAAUGAGGGUGAGCACUACAACCCUGCCACUGGCAAGUUCAUCUGUGCCUUCCCAGGGAUCUAUUACUUUUCUUAUGAUAUCACGUUGGCAAACAAGCACCUGGCAAUUGGGCUGGUGCACAAUGGGCAGUACAGGAUAAGGACCUUCGAUGCCAACACGGGGAAUCAUGAUGUGGCUUCCGGGUCCACAGUCAUCUACCUUCAACCAGAGGAUGAGGUCUGGCUGGAGAUCUUCUUCAGGGACCAGAAUGGCCUCUUCUCAGACCCAGGCUGGGCAGACAGCUUGUUCUCUGGAUUUCUCCUAUAUGUGGACACGGAUUAUCUAGAUUCCAUAUCAGAAGUUGAUGAACUGUGAUCAGGGUGACUGGUCUAACUAAACAUUCCAAGUUCCUGGUGGCAAACACUUGAUUCAAUAUGAAACCCUACAAGGUGGAACCAGUAGCAGUGAGGCUCAAAGACAGUCCCAGUGGGCUUCUCGAGCAUCGUCAGAGAUUUAUAGCACAAGUUAUGAAAACAAGAUGCACAGCCAAACAGGGGGGACUACAGGCAAUCCCCUGGUUAUGAACGAAGUCAGUUCCUGAGUAUUUGUCUAGGUCAAAUCUAUAGGUAAGUUGGUACAGGUGCAUACAAUUCUUAUUUAGCCUCUGUUAGUGCAUGAACGGGCUUAAAGCCAUGAUUUAAAAGCUAUACAUACAGCAAGGGAAGGUGAAUGUGAUGAAGAAUUUGUUUCAAGUAAGAAUUGGCUCAGUCAUUUCAAACUGAGGGCAAAUUUUACCUAACAUUAAAAGAUAGUAUGAAUUAUCUGUCAAUUGGAUGUUUGUAAUGCUGGUGGUUAACUGUACACCAAAAUGAAAUGUAUACAAUAAUAAUCCCAGAUAUGCAUUAUUUUUAAAGUGAUGCUCAUAAAUAUUUAAGCAAACUAAGGACAAUGUAAAUAAAUGUUCCAUUAAAUACCAUGAGUAAUAAAACCAGCUGGCAGUGGUCUUGUCUCAUUAAAUCUUCUUAACAUUGCAUUUGGCCUGUUCUUUAAGAGACUUAUCAAAUCUCAGACAAGGUCUUUGACAAAUCUCAGCCAUGAAGGGUAGGAGCAAUGAGUGUUUUUAAGCAACUAAGUGAGGUGAUAACAUCGUACUAUUCAGCCCUGCCUGCUUCAUUCAACUACGUGUUAAUGAAGCAGUACACACUGGGGCAGAUUUAGUCAUCAGUUGAAACUCCUACCUUCAAGAGCUCCCCACCC